GAGCCGUGUCUCCGCGCUCGAGUGCGCCCGUUCUGCUCGCUCGGGACUCCUCGGGACGCUCGAGAACGAACAUAGACACGGGAGAGCAAGCUGAGCAUCGUCCGCUUCGUACAAAUCCACUCCAGUUUCUCAAUCACGAACCAAACUCCCUUGACGAUUCGCUUUCACGUGAAAUUCCCGUGGAGUCGCGCUCAGUGACCUGCAGUGCAGUGUGAUUCAGUGCGGUCAGCCGAUAUACGUUUAGUGCCCCAUUACAAUGGUCUGAUCGUGGUUCAUCAUGACCGUGGACUUUGCCGAUUAUUUUUGGGGUGAAAAGAAUAAUGGGUUCGAUGUGUUGUAUCAUAACAUGAAGCAUGGUGUGGUCGCCAGCAAAGAGUUGGCCGAGUUCCUACGCGAGCGAUCGACCAUCGAAGAGAAUAACUACAAGUUACUCAGCAAAGUAGCGAAACAAGCCAGUAACAGCAGUAGCUCUCAAGGCACCUUCGCACCUGUGUGGGCUGCACUGAGAGGAGCCGCUGAAAAAUUAGCCGGCUUGCAUCUGCAGAUGGCCCAAAGAGUCUCCGAUCUCAUAAAGGACGUCUCCAAGUAUGCAGAUGAGCUACAUAAGAAACACAAGGCUGUGAAGGAGGAGGAAUCCUCGACUCUCGAGGUCGUGCAGAGCAUACAGGGCAUCACUAUCACUCUGCAAAAGGCGAAGGACACGUGUCUGCAAAGGGGCCUUGAAUUGGAAAAGCUGAAGAAAGACAACGCCAGUCAGAGGGAAUUGGAAAAGGCAGAAGUGAAAUUCAAGAAAGCUCAGGAUGAUUACAAGGCUCUGGUGGACAAGUACACAGCUGUUCGUAAUGAUUUCGUAUCGAAAAUGACACAGGCCUGCAAGCGGUUCCAAGAUGUCGAGGAAGCGCAUUUGAAGCACAUGAAAGAAUUCCUGAACACCUAUGCGGAUGUCCUUCAAGCGAAUCACGAGCAGGUUGGUCAGGUUCAUAUCGACUUCAAGCGACAGUGUUUGGACAUGACCGUCGACAAAUUAUUGGAACAAUUUGUCCAGAGUAAAUACACGGGUUUCGAGAAGCCAGGUGUAAUCGAAUACGAGGAAGUGAUGGCCAACUUGGCGGAAAUAACUGGACAAAAUCAGUUAGAGGGAAGCACCGAAGCUGCGAAGGAGACGUCCAAAGGAGCCAACGGGGAGACAGGUGUUGCUGGUAACAUACAAAAUUCAAAGAAAGAUCAGGGUUUGAAGGGGGCGGGUAUCUCAUUGACCGGGGGCGGGGUCAAGGGUCAUGGAAAGGAGAAAGAGAAACAGAAGGAUAAGGAGAAGGAAGACGCGGCACCAACCACCAAGGCUUCUCGCCGCACCACCUCGCUACUCAACCUGUUCAUGUCCAACUCCCAGGAGAGGCAGAGGCAAGCAGGGUCUGGUUCGGCACCUGCCACUCCCCAGGGGAACAACCUGCCUCCUGCUGUUCCACCUCCCAGCAUCUCCAGGAACCCUCUCAGAGGAUCUAAAUGGUUUCUGCGUAGCAGACGGGAGAAGAGGAAGGAGAAAAAGGCGAAGAAGAAGAAGGACUCUGUGGAAACGAAUAGCAACAAAGAAGAAAAGUCUGACCUAGAGGACAAGGAUGACAGCAGGAAGUCGGAGACUCCAACGCCUGAAGUCGACGAGGAUGGAUUCUGCAUACGGCCGAAACCGGAUCCCUGGGAGAACGAGAAAGUAUUCUACUCAAGUUCCGACACGGAUUCUGACGACGAAAAAGACAAGAAGCUACUACGAGUGGAGAUUAAACCUCUGAGCAAUGGCGGAGCGCCUAUCAGUGCCAGUGUCGACGAGCUACGGGCCACUGUAGAAAAUCUCUCCCUGUCACCAGCACCGACGGGUCGCCGCGGAUCCAACACGGAUUCGGAUCAUCAUAUGAAAAGGUCGCAGUCCGUUUCUCAACAAUUGGGAGGCAAGCCUAGCUCGGACUUGCUUGGCCUAAAUUUUAAUCCCAGCAGCACGCCGUCCAGCGCUUCGACGCCUACUGGUAGCCAUCCUUACGCUCCUCUUCAGAGUCCGCCGCCUUUGUCGUCAUCUCCGGUCUCCCAACAGCCGCCUCCGCAGUCGGCACCUGCUACGAAUUCCCAUACUCGUUUUCCGGAAGGUGACCUAUUUUCAGAAGUGGGCGAUUUCACGCCUGCUCUGCCUCCGAAACAGUCGGCCUCCUCUACGCCAACGGGAUCGAUCGCGAUACCUAGACCGCCUUCUCGUCGUGGCGAAGGACCGUCACCAAGAGGCAGAAUGUCCCCAGCUACCAUCUCCAGGGCGGACAGUGUUGCGAGCUUAGAAUUUCGUGCGGCCGGCGUUGGAGUUGGGUCUUCCAGAGGACCGUCUCCGUUGACUAUAGGUCUUGCAGACACGAUUCCCUUGGCGGUGGCCUUCCACGAAAUAGUGCAUUCGUACUUCCGGGGUACGGAUGAGACCCGAUGCCAGGUUAAGCUCAGUGGGGAUAUGAUGCUUUCGUUUCCUGCUGGUAUCGUCGCCGUCCUGGCGAAUAAUCCAAACCCUGCGAAGCUCUCCUUUCGCGUGAGGAACAGCAAUAGACUGGAGAGACUGCUACCCAAUAGCAAACUGGUCAGCAUGGACGUCACGCAGUCUACCAUCGAUAGUACAAUUUUCGAGUUCAAUAUGAGUGCCUUAACCACGCUGCUACGGCGGCAGGCUGAACAAAACCCUUCAGCAUCAUACUUUAACGUGGAUAUUCUCAAGUACCAAAUUAAGAACAAGGACGGCGCGGGUUCUUGUCCCUUUCAACUGGUCGCUUAUUGGAAAUGUGAACAAUCCCAUACGGAUAUUAAGAUCGACUACAAGUACAACAGCCGUGCCAUGGCGUCGCCGAGUCCCCUACUGAAUCUUCACGUAGCUGCCCCGAUAGACGGUGGCUUCAAAAAUCUCCAUAGCAAACCGUCAGCUCAAUGGUUGCCAGAUACAAAUCGCGUCCUCUGGAAAUUCACAGAACUGUCGCAGCACAGUGAGGGCAGCGGCGUUGGUUCUCUUAAAGCAAGAGUCGAGCUGGAACGUGGACCAGGAACUCAGGGAACGAUAUUCACUCAAUUCAAUUGCGAAGGGACUACGCUAUCCGGCGUUGAAUUCGAGCUAGUUGGACCUGGAUACAGACUGAGCUUAGUAAAACGCAGAUUCGUCUCCGGAAAAUAUAUCUGCGAUGGGGAUUCCGAUCCGCGUACUCGCUACGCGGCACCACCGUCCACCGUGGACUGAUGGCUUCCGGAGUGGGCAUCCCAAUGGGAGAGCUUGCCCACUUGAUCUUGCUGCUCGCUCGUUCACUCACUGCCCACGUCUCGAUUAUUCGAUUGCGUUCACAGUAGAUCGAUAGCGGGAAGACUGUUGGAUACCAAAGAGAACGUGCGACAAAGGGAGAUGUAUGUCUCUGACACGAGGGUAGGUCUAAUUGGAAUCUGAAACAUGUGGAUCCAUUUUCCCCUUCUUCCACAUUAGGCGUAACGAAUAAUUAAUGAGGGAAAGAAAAGAAGAAUAAGAGGAACCCCCUCGGAGAAAAUGAAACCAUUAAAGGGCUUGUGUAACUGAACGUCAUGUUCUCCAUGCCGAGAGAUGCUUCCCCAAGGGAUGCUUUUCUCGGUAUCUCUAUUUGUAAAUAACGUUUCACGUCAAGGAUGAGACCGCAGUUCUAAGAAUGAAAAUAUGCAUGGCCACGAGACACUUUUUACGGUAAAUAAUAAUUGAAGGCUCUAAUCGCCCGGUUUACACUCUCGCGAGGUAUAAUGUCGACACGUUCUGUAACCCGCACGUUUUACAGUUUUCUAAACGGCUAAAUUAAAUGAGAUCGCAUUUUUGGUUAAUGCGCGACGUUAAAGUUUAUUACCAUCGACGAGACUGCGGCGAGCGCGAAAAUAUUCGGCAUCGUAACAUCGCGCAAGUCCUUUGGUGUCCAGCACAUAUUUUUCGAUUAACUGCAAUUUUCGCGAUUUCACAUACCGUUGACAUUAUGUACAAUCAAAGCGAGUUGCGAUAUGUUUUACACUAUGCAUCCCAAUCCCAAAACAGUACAACAUUUUUAACUAUUGUUAUGUCGUUUCGUUAUUUUAAUAUAAUUAUUCCGUUAUUAUCGUAUAUUUAAUAAGCGCAGACAGCUGUCAGAAUGCGAAGGGUCAAAUCUUUUGGAAAUCCGUGGUAAUCACUCAUUUUAAACAUUCCUCGAAAAAAAAUUAGUCUAUUUGAAAAAAAAAAAACAUACUUCUCACUGCUGUCGUUAUUAUUAUUAUCUUCAUCAUCAUCAUUAUCAUUAUUAUUACUAUUAUUGCGUUAACCAACGAGCAAUACGAAAAAGUAUUAUCUGUUCAAAAAAUCCUAAACUUGCAUGGAAUCUUUUUAUACAAAAGGAAAAGGAAAACAAAAAUUGGACCCUUGCAACAUAUAAUUCCACUGGCAGGAAUACUUUUAAGAGCUCUCAAGCAGGAUGCUCGUUCGAUACCAACAAAAAAAAAUUAUAAAGGAACUCGAAGAUCCUUCUUGACUGUUCAAAAAGUCGCUUAGUUUUUUCUUUCUAUCGUUAGUGAAUACAUCGAGAAUUAUUUCUCCUACGUUUAAACGCUACGUUUUAUCCGUUUAAUUCGUUAUUAUGAUAAAACAUUACCAUACUCGUCAUCAUCGUUAUCAUAAAUCGUCAUCCUCAUAAUACCAAGUAUUACACCGCCCCCCCCCGCAUCUAUAGUGUAGUCUAAUUAGCGCAUUGGACCCUAAUAGCGUCUCUUAUUCAUUCCUUUUCUAACCUUAUUGUUACACUAACAUCCUGAUUCACAGUGGGAUUCGAAAUCGAUGCUCGAAGACGCUCAACGCCAUGACUCAAUUCGAUUAAUAUUUGCUUUGGCUGUUUCGUGACAGGAACCAUUACUUACUGCGGAUUACACUCGAGCAAUACCGAAAAAAAAAAAAAAUUUCGAGAAAAAAAACGGCCAUUUAAUUUAGUUGUAUAUGCAUACGUCGUGACUUGUGUGUAUAUAUCGACAUAUACAUAUAUUGUAUAUGUAUUAUUAACAUUAUUAAUUGUAAGGCUGAACAGAACUCAAUUCCUCUACAGUCCGGCACACACGAUACUAUCUUCUGUACCUACCUAUCGUUAGGAAAAACAAACAUCAAUCAUAAAGUUACGUGUGCGAUUGGAGCAGAGCAAUAGGAGUUGCGUGGAUGAGUGUAAUCGUAAGUAGUUACGUAGCAUCAAGACAGGGUUCUCCAAAAUCCUAAAGAAUGUCGUCUGCCUUGUUUGAGCUACUGUAGUCCGUAAGUGAAGUCCCUUCUGAACCACCAAAUUCCAUGGUGAUUCUCGAUAUGACAAUAGCCUAAAGCGCGACCGAACGAGGAUCCGAAUCAAGUUAAAGAACCACUUCGUUCCGUAUUCUGGUUUCAAUCGAAUGAUUGAGACGUCAUUCGUUUGCUGAUCGGGUCGAUAUUUUCAGGCUCGGAAAAUGGACUAUAGAGUUAUUACCAUAGAAAUUCGUCUUCCUAGUCGAAACUGCGAAUUCAUCAGGAUCAUGAUCCCAGCAUCCGCACUGCGUAUCACACGAACUAUUAAUUAGUUAAUACAAAAAUGACCUACCGUAUAUUUUAGCCGCGCGCGCGCAUUUUGUGUAUUUAUUUGUAUCCUACCUUGGGCGCGCGCGCCAGCGUGCCUCGUGGACUGGUCUCUACGAAAUACAAUAAAUAGCGUCCUGAUUAAUUCCGGUGUCAUUUCCGGUGUCAUCUUCGUUUGCUGCGUGAAAAGUUGCGUACGUCCAGGAUGAGGUUUUCUUUCAUAGUUACGUGCCUGUGGAGUGGUUCCCAAAUUAAUCGACUGAGCUCUCCUGUGAUACGCAGAUGUCACUAUAAAUUUUCGUAAUAAAUAUUUGUAUGGAAAUAACCAUAAGUAUGUUGAUGCUCACGUUCAAUUCUUACCUGACCGAUCCUCAUCGAGCGACCGAUUAUUGGCGUUGCGUGAUCAACUAAAGUCCAUCCAGUUAAUUGCAGAGAAAGGAAUUUACUUGAAUUUCAGUACGCGAAGUAAAGAAUUGCUUCCGAUACUUUUAUUUGAAAUUCGUGGCAGCCGAGAGUGAUUAAUAUAAUCUCUGCGUAUUAAGGAAUUGAUAAGGAGACAAAGGACUAUCGUGUGUACAGGACUUUCAAAGAAUAGUAAUGGGACACACUAAGGAGAUAUGUUCAAUAGCAUACAUAUAUAUAUAUAUAUACACGUGGCGUGACGUAAUGAGCGAAUAUCCUGCAGAAUUUUUAUCUGUAGAUUCUUUUCGGGAAACUCUGUUAAUAAAUGCAGUUUCAUCUUAAACUCAGUAAAGUAUUCUCAUGCAUUAA